AUCCCACUGAUUUCGCGGCCUUCCCCUUUCCCGUGGCCGUCUCUGUCUCUCCCUGUUCUCUUCUACAGGACCCUCCCUUUUUGCUAUUUAAAUUUUGCUUUUGUUUUUUAUAUAAACUCUAAAUUCAAGGGCGCUUGUAUUAAACAAAUUAAAAGAACUCUCAGAAUUAAGAGCGACAGCUGAAAGCUGGAAUUCUCUGCUAUAUAUUUAAAUCAAUAUCAAUCUUUCCCCUCCUCUCUCGUCUUUGCUUAAUGCAGGAACAAUGAAACGAUAACGAUUGAUCAUUAAAAGGCUCUCUUCUCUCUUCAGAUCUGUUCAUUUUUUGUUUUCAGGUGUGAAAUUUUGAAGAAGUGAUUGAGAAAGAAGGAAGUAAAUAGUGACCAUGGCAUUAGGAAAAUAUAGUAGAGUAGAUAAUAAUGGUAGGAGGUCAUCGUCUUCGACUUAUUGUUCGACGGUCACCAUUGUGGUUUUUGUGGGAUUAUGUUUAGUUGGGAUUUGGAUGAUGACUUCAUCGUCUGUUGUCCCUCUUCAAAACGGGGACGAUACUGCUCAGGAAAAGAAAAAUGAGGUCAAAGAUCAGGUCACACCGGUAAUCGAUGAAAGCAAUGGCGGCAGCAACACCGCACAAUUUGAAGAUAACCCCGGGGAUUUGCCUGAGGAUGCCACCAAAGGGGACUUCAAUGUGAGUCUGACUAAAGAUGAUGGCGAUGGCAACUUAAAUAUGCAAGAAAACCAGGAGAAUUCUGAAGAGACAAAGUUGGAUGAGUCUAAGAAGGAUGAUGGGCCAUCCGAAGGUGGAGAGAAAAACAAUGACAGUGGUGAGAAUUUGGGUGGACAAGGGGACACUGAAGAGAAUUCUAAUGACAAAAAGACUGAUCCUGAAGAGAGCAAUGAGAAACCUGACUCCGAUGAGAAUGACAAGAAAUCUGAUUCUGAUGAUGGUGAAAACAAACAGGACGAAAGCUCAUCUGAAACUAAUGGAGAUAAUAAGGUGGAUGGUCAGAUAGAGGAGACUGUUAAUCAAAAUGAUAACAAGGAGUCGGAUAAAAGCACUGAUGAGGCAAAAGAUGAUGCUCAGGUGAAAAACCAGAGUUCAAAUGAAGUUUUCCCGUCUGGUGCUCAAUCUGAACUUUUGAAUGAAAACAUGGCUCAGAAUGGAUCAUUCUCUACGCAGGCGACAGAAUCAAAGAAUGAAAAGGAGGCUCAGUUAUCAUCCAAGGAAUACAGUUGGAAACUUUGCAAUUCCACUGCUGGGCCUGAUUAUAUCCCAUGCCUUGACAAUUGGAAUGCAAUUAGGCAUCUCCCUUCUACCAAACAUUAUGAACAUCGAGAGAGGCACUGUCCGGAAGAACCACCAACCUGCCUUGUUCCUCUUCCCGAAGGAUACAAGCGUCCAAUUGAGUGGCCAAAAAGCAGGGAGAAGAUUUGGUACUACAAUGUUCCUCAUACCAAGCUGGCACAAAUUAAGGGGCAUCAGAAUUGGGUGAAAGUUACUGGAGAAUAUCUUACAUUUCCUGGCGGUGGAACCCAGUUUAAGCAUGGUGCUCUUCAUUAUAUUGACUUCAUAGAAGAGUCUGUGCCUGAUAUAGCAUGGGGUAAACGCUCUCGUGUAAUUUUGGAUGUUGGAUGUGGGGUUGCCAGCUUUGGAGGUUUUCUUUUUGACAGAAAUGUGCUUGCUAUGUCCUUUGCACCUAAAGAUGAACAUGAAGCUCAAGUACAAUUUGCACUUGAAAGGGGGAUUCCUGCUGUGUCUGCUGUGAUGGGUACUAAGAGACUUCCCUAUCCCGGCAGAGUAUUUGAUAUUGUUCAUUGUGCACGAUGUAGAGUGCCAUGGCACAUAGAAGGUGGUAAACUCCUCUUGGAGCUGAACCGUGUGUUGCGACCUGGUGGUUUCUUUGUGUGGUCGGCUACCCCUGUUUAUCAGAAAAUUCCUGAAGAUGUUGGAAUUUGGAAAGCUAUGGUUGAUCUAACAAAAGCCAUGUGCUGGGAGCUUGUAAACAGAACUAGUAGGGAUACGGUAAACGGGGUGGCUGUAGCAACGUUUAAGAAGCCUACUUCUAACGACUGCUAUGAGCAAAGGUCACAACAAGAGCCUCCACUAUGUCCUGAGUCUGAUGAUCCAAAUGCAGCCUGGAAUGUACCUCUGCAAUCAUGCAUGCACAAAGUGCCUGUAGAAGCUUCAGAACGUGGGUCUCAAUGGCCAGAGCAAUGGCCAGCAAGGCUGGAAAAAUCACCUUAUUGGUUGUUGAGUUCCCAAGUUGGAGUUUAUGGUAAAGCAGCGCCCGAGGAUUUUGCUGCUGACCAUGAGCACUGGAAACGUGUGGUAACCAAGUCAUACAUAAAUGGGAUGGGCAUAAACUGGUCAUCUGUCAGAAAUGUAAUGGACAUGAGAGCUGUUUAUGGAGGAUUUGCUGCAGCACUGAAAGAUUUGAAUUUGUGGGUCCUGAAUGUGGUCUCAAUUGACUCUCCAGAUACGCUACCCAUAAUUUAUGAGAGAGGUCUAUUUGGUAUGUAUCAUGAUUGGUGUGAAUCAUUUAGCACCUAUCCGAGGUCUUACGAUCUUCUCCAUGCUGACCAUCUAUUCUCCAAGGUUAAAAAGAGGUGCAAUUUACUGGCUGUGAUUGCAGAGGUUGAUAGAGUGCUUAGGCCAGAAGGGAAGCUCAUUGUUCGGGACAAUAUUGAGACCAUUACUGAGCUUGAGAACAUGUUAAGGUCUAUGCAAUGGGAAGUCCGCAUGACUUACACUAAGGACACUGAAGGCUUGCUGUGUGUCCAGAAAUCCAUGUGGCGACCUAAAGAGGUGGAGACGAUCACAUAUGCCAUUGCUUAGGCACGCUUUCAUUCCAUUGCUACCCCAUUUCGAUCCUCCUCGAGGCGUGGCACGAUAAUGAGAUUAGGUAUUCUUUUUGUUUCGGUUGCUAAUUGUGCAAUACAUGGUUGAUUCGUAGUUCUCUAAGGGUAGCCCUUGUAGGCUUGUAUUAUGUUAAGUAGAGGCCUUUAGUAUCGGAUACAAUUACAUUUUGUUUUAUUUUUUUUAUUUUUAUUCCUUUUAUCUUCUAAUAUAAACUUGUGUCCAAGUUUUUCUUGUAAUGUCAUACUGUUAGUUCUUAAAUGGAAAAUGAAAGCAUAUAUUCAU